AUGCCCCAAUUAUUUCCCUCCAGUUCUCCCUCCAAAGUUGACAUCGAGCACGUCCCCGUCAGGGGAGGCCAGUGUGUGCGCCGCUCGAGCACAGAUGGCAAACCACCUUCGCCCUCUCCUGCUGAGCACCACUAUGCCGGCCCUUCCCGAGUCAAUUGGCUGCCCUGUGAACCUGGAGCCUCUUCCCGAAGCCUCCAUUCACCACAGCGUCGACUGAGCAUGCACGCACACCCGCUAGGGCGUUCUGCCUCUUCGCCGACGCUUCCGUUAUGGCCAGCCGCCCCUAGGAUCUACAGUCAUCCGUCCAUGUCCAGUCAUCGCUCUCUGCAGCUUGAUAGGCUCUACGCGGAGCGCCCCGUGGAGUCGGAGGACAGUCUGGCGCUCCUCCACCUACAGCCUCUGUCCCCGAUAAUUGAGCAAACGCAAUUAGGUGGAUCACGGAGGACAAGGAAAGCCUCGUCCGUGAACGAGUCUCCGUUGACGCCUGAGACACCGGCGUCCCUCGAUCACGGAGAUCACGGGUCCACCUAUUCUGCAUUUCUGAAACGACCUCUGAAACGCUCAGUCUCGCAAGCGUCUUCUAGUUCUCUGCGGACAGUGGUGACUACCACAGUACCGACACUCCCUCCUCUCGAUCUUCGCCCGCCAUUUGUGGCCACGCACCGGGCCGGCCCACAGCUGUUCUCGACCGUCUACGAGGAUGCCGCGUCAGAACGCACAGGCAGCUUUGUCACUGCCCGCUCCAUCGCCGGCUCAGACCACGACCCGGAUCCUCACCUCGACCCGGGACCCGAACGAGACCUCGAGGCGCAAAUGGACAACCUAGACAUCACCUUCGUGGAACCGCCAUCGAAUGAUGCAGAUGCAACUUUCGUCGACACCGUUCCGUCUUCUUCACAUUCACCUGAUCGACAGCUCGAUCCUUCACGCCCACGCAGCCCACCUUCCGUAUCUUCCUCUUUCCUAUCACGCCGCUGGCGCAAGGGCCUAUCCUUCGGCAGCACGCGACCCUCCUUCACCUCACUCCUGCCCUCCAAAGAAGACCUGCCUCCCCUUCCUGCCCUGUUGUUCUGGGUAGGCUUUGUAGCACCGUGGUGCUGGCUUAUUGGUGGAUGGCUCGUUGGUGAGGGGAGAGGCGUAGACACGGAGGGAAAGGGGCCGAUCAUCCCUUUCUGGGUGGUACAUAAAGCUGAUGAUAAAAUCAAGCCCGAAGCUGGGGGAAGCGAAAAAGGGAAGACAAGGGAAACAGUGAUCCCAAAGCAGGUUGAGGAGACUUCCCGGCUGACGACGCAGGCAGGCAGUGGUGCACAGCAGAGGGUCGACAGCACAGGCCCGCCUCGCAGGUCACUGUGGAGAAGACUGAGCUGUGCUCUUGCCACAGACGAACUGGAUUCAGGCGAUGAGAAGAUGGUCGUGCGGACAAAGCGUGGUGAAGAGGUCUGGGUCGUGCGCUGUCGUCUUGCCGCAGCAGUGAGCGGCAUGCUUUUGGUGGUCGCUUUUGUCGUGGCCUUGAUCGUUGUCGGUCGGGGAUCCUGA